AUGUCUACACCAGUCUCUCCAUCUCCUUCUCUUUCGCCACUGUCCCUGUCCUCUCCUUCUCCCUCUCCCUCCUCUUCUCCUUUGCCCUCUCCCCUCUCUCCUCCCCCCAGACUUCCAGUCUUCCAGAGGAAAGGAGCACUCAAGCACAAGAGGAUUGUAGAAGUGAAAGACCAUCAGUUCACAGCCCGCUUCUUCAAACAGCCCACCUUCUGCAGCCACUGCACAGACUUCAUCUGGGGUAUAGGAAAACAAGGAUUCCAGUGCCAAGUUUGCAGUUUUGUGGUGCACAAACGCUGUCACGAGUUUGUCACUUUUACAUGUCCUGGAAGCAUCACUGCACCUAAAGCAGAGGAUCUGAAGAGUAAACACAAGUUUAAGAUACACACUUACUCCAGUCCAACCUUCUGUGAUCACUGUGGUUCUCUGCUCUAUGGCCUCAUUCACCAGGGCAUGAAAUGCACCAGCUGUGAAAUGAACGUUCAUAAGCGAUGUGAGAACAGUGUACCCAGUCUAUGCGGGCAUGACCACACUGAAAAAAGAGGACGGAUCCACCUGAGCGUGCGUGGAGAGAAGGAGGAUAUAUAUGUCACAGUACGUGAAGCACGGAAUCUGAUUCCCAUGGACCCUAAUGGCCUGUCUGACCCCUAUGUGAAGCUCAAACUUAUUCCUGACCCCAAGAGCCACAGCAAGCAGAAAACCAAGACUAUUCGUUCCACUCUAAACCCCGUCUGGAAUGAAAGCUUUGUCUUUUCAGUGAGAGGCAGGCAGUGGGACAGGCGCUUAUCAAUAGAGAUAUGGGACUGGGAUCGCACUUCACGGAAUGACUUCAUGGGAGCUCUGUCCUUUGGAGUGAGUGAGAUCUUUCGUCGUCCUGUUAGCGGAUGGUUUAAACUGCUCAACCAGGAUGAAGGAGAGUACUACAAUAUCCCUGUACCUGAUCCAGACCUACAGGAGCCAGACUCUGCUGUCUCUCCCUCUCUUCCGCCUGCUCCUGUUACUGUUCCCACACCUGUGCCUGCUGUCACCCCACCUGUUGUGAGUCCUGGACCCACCAGCUUGCCAGUAGGAAAGGGCCGAGUUGGACUACAUGACUUCAACUUCCUUAUGGUGCUAGGCAAGGGCAGCUUUGGCAAGGUGAUGCUAGCCGAGGAAAGAGGGAGCGACCGCUUGUUUGCAGUGAAGGUGCUGAAGAAAGAUGUGCUGUUUCAGGAUGAAGACACGGAGAGUGCCAUGGUGGAGCGGAGAGUUCUGGGAUUGAGUGGCCGUCCACACUUCCUUACAUCUCUCUUUUGCGCCUUCCAGACUGAGGAUCGCCUGUACUAUGUCAUGGAAUAUGUGAAUGGUGGAGAUCUAAUGUUUCAUAUUCAGAUUGUUGGAAAAUUUAAAGAGCCCCAUGCUGCAUUCUAUGCAGCAGAGAUAGCUGUGGGUCUCUUCUUCUUGCAUAGCAAAGGCAUCAUCUAUAGAGAUCUGAAACUGGAUAAUGUGCUGUUAGACAGUGAGGGCCACAUAAAGAUUGCUGAUUUUGGGAUGUGCAGAGAAGGCAUGAUGGAGGGAGACACCACACGGACGUUCUGUGGCACUCCGGACUACAUUGCUCCUGAGAUUGUAGCAUAUCAGCCAUAUGGUAAAGCAGUAGACUGGUGGUCAUAUGGGGUUCUCCUCUAUGAGAUGCUGGCUGGGCAGCCUCCAUUUGAUGGGAUCGAUGAAGAGGAGUUGUUCCAGUCCAUCAUGGAGCAAAGCGUAUCGUAUCCGAAGACUCUGUCUCGUGAGGCUGUUGCCAUUUGCAAAGGGCUUUUGACCAAGAAUCCAGCGAAGCGUCUGGGUGGGGGAGAGGAUGCAGAAAGAGAGAUACGUGAGCAUCCUUUCUUCCGCUGGAUAGACUGGGACAGACUGGAGAGACUGGAGAUUCAACCACCAUUCAAGCCCAGGCCUGGAGGGAAAAAAGGAGAAAAUUUUGACAAGUUUUUCACAGCUGCUUCCGCAGCCCUGACGCCCUCUGAUCCAGAUGUUCUUGCAGCCAUCGAUCAGGAAGAUUUCCAGGACUUUACCUACAUAAACCCUGAUUUCCCUGGCACCCCUCUCACUGCUGUCUGA